AAUGAAACGGAGUGCUCCCAAAUGUCACCCCACAGCGCCACCUGCUGUCUGUAACCUAAAACUAUGCCCUAACUCAUAAGUGUCAUGCACCACUUUUCCUUUUAUUCUUAUCCUAGAUCUUCCUGUUAAUGACUGAUGACAAACAGGCCUUGAGCUAAUCCAGAAAACACAGUCUGCACCCAGAGAUCAUUCUACUGUCUGAGAAACAGACUAUAGAAUUUUUUUUUCUAUAGGUUAUAAAAGCUCACUUUAUUCUGACAUUUAAUUGUAAUAUAUAUAAUUUCAUUCCUGGGAUUAAACUACCACCUCAAUAUCUGAAAUCAUACUCAUAGGAACGUUUAUAUUAAUUAGGUUUAAUUGCUUGGCCAGAAAUGAUUUCAUUGUUCACUAAUGCUGGUGAUAAUAAGAUAAUAAUAAGAGCAGGCACAUGUGUCAUGUAUGAGACAUGAGUGGGUGAACGAUUAAAAGCUACUGGCCUCUCAGUCAGCUCAAAUAUUCAUUCUGUAACUUUUUUUAAAUGAUAAAAUGUCACAGGAGACCUUGCUGUAAAUAUGACACAAUAUAAAUGAAAGUAAUAAAUGUGUUUAUUAGGACUUUUAUCAUUUAUUUUAUAAGGAACAACUCAACAAUAAUCUCAUGUGGUGCAUUUAUAUGCUAGGAGUUUAGAGAGUUUUCAAGGUAUUUUCUUGGUAAACUAUCCUAAGCUGGAUCCUGUUCCCUCCCAUAAAAGUAAAGCAACAAAUAUUACAGGUGACACUUCUCUGCGUCCAUUCAACCAUAUGUGACUCAUCCUCUAUUGUUAAGGUCAAGCUUGGACGGAGAAAUGAUGCGUUAUGAGCCGGAGAAACGGGCUAAUAUCCUGCUCUGAUGUGCGUGGGGUUGUGACCUGGAAACUUUCAACCUUUUCAACAGAAAAUGUUACUUAGCUGCAAACACACACGGACUAAUACAUUGUCUUCUUAUCUAUACUUACUGACUCUCUUCCUCCUAUAAUCUGUGUGUCAAUACCGUCAUGAAAGGGAUCAGUCAGGUAUGAGUCUUUCACACAUUAGCAUGCGCGGACACUUGUAUUGGUUUGGGGACCAAAGAUAUAAACACAUUUAUAAUAACCUGCAACAGUAAAUGAUGUUGAUUGUCCACAGUAAAUUGACACAUGCUGCAUUGUUGAGUUCCAGUAACUGAGCUGGUUCACUGACGUUCGUCUCAUUAAGUUUGACCUGUGUUUUUAUUGCAAUGCACUUUUCAAACAAGGCAACAACCUCUGUUUUGAAAUCAAGACACAACUUCAAAACCAUCUAUUGUUUAACGUGGACCUAUGACUACAAGUUAGGUUAACAACCUAAUGUGUGCUUUGAUUCUGGCAAUUUUUUAACAUUAAAUCUUUUUAAUGUUCUCUCUCUUAAUGAUCUCUUAAGAAAUGUGCUUGUGUUAAAUUAAACGUUAAACGUGAUUGUAGACUUAAUGCUGCUACUUGCUUGACAUGCUUUAAUCUUCGCCAUGUGCAUUGUGGGAAAUGUAGUCAACAUGGUAUAUUUUUGACAGGGACUGCGUUUGAGGAUGACAGACUUUGUUUAGUAGCUUAACUUUUGUACAGACUUCUUCCUCUUCAACUCAACUUCACUGCAUCUCAGGCUUCAACUGUGGAUGAACAUUUCACUACAAACAGUUCAAAUGGGGCCAAUUCAACCACCAAAAUGCUGCUUACGUGUUACAGCCACAAAAACACUAACACCAAAGUAGCAUAUGGCGUAUGGCUCUGUAAUGAGCACUUAUGACAUCGUUUACUGACUUCACACCGCCCGAAAUAAAAGACUUGUCAAACUUGAGGAUUGAGGCGUUUUUCAUCACUGGCUGUUGACGUUUCCCUCCACAUGUUUGUUAACUGGACAUCGGUGACUCAGGCGACCUGUCCAUCAUCGUUUAAUGACGUUCACACCUCCCGCAGUCCCUGUGCAAUGUCUGCAUGACAAACAUUGGCGAGCUGUGAUAAUUAGAUAUAGAUGAUAAUUAUCAUGAUGGUUUUUUUUAUCCCGGCACCGGCGCCGCGUACUUUGAAAAGCGCCGCUGACGCACAGCUGGAUCAGGAGGAGCUUUUAACUUCGCGCACUGGCCGCUUCCACCCAGUCAAACUCCAGCCGUUCCGCAUCUGGACGUCGUUUCCCCGCCGCGACUUUGUCUCCCUGGAAAUCGACUAUGGUGGAGAUUUUCUAAUUUAAAGUCCAGCUGAAUAACUCCGUCCACGGAUUAACAUUGUGCUCUUUAGCGCCGAUACUUGCUGAUAACAUGGGCGGAGUGUGCGUGCGUUACCCACGGACUUGCAGACCAGUGUGGCCACUUGUUAUGUUACUGGCUACUUUCCCUUUGAUGUUGCACUGCCUGGAGACUCCGGCAGCGGUUGUUGGGAAAAUGUAUCCACGCGGAAACCACUGGGCAGUGGGACAUUUGAUGGGAAAGAAGAGCAUCGAGAGCCUGCCUGAAGCGCAGCAGACAGAUCGUGCCAGUGUCGACCUCACUCCCCCAGAAACAGCCGGUGUCACAGAGCUGGACCUCUACCAGCGGCUGGUGCAGCACAAUAACCCAAGACAGUUGAAGCCACAAACUGCACAGAGGCUGGCUGGUCUGGGCAGCAGCUGGAGAGAGGAGACCAGAGACAAAUACCUGAGAGAGAUGUCAGACCUGCUGCUUCUGGCCACCGAACUGCAAGACAGUGACUCCACCUGAAAGCAUCAGUGUCGACUUACCACGUGUCCAGUAAAAAGACAUCCACACGCCACAGUUUUCCUCGCUGAAGAAAAACAGCUGCUAAGUAAUUUGGAAAUAUUCAACGUUAUUCUAAUAUAUGUAAUGACUUCACAGACUGAGCUGAUGGCACUGUGUUACACCAGAUGAAAAAUCCAUGAAUAAAUAAAUUUACCAAGGUGCU